UGGAUUUCUGAAUCAAUCAGCUGAUGAUGAGUUAAUUAUUGUUAUUAUUGCGGGAUGCGAUAUUAACUGCACUAGUAAUUGAUUAACAAGUCGAUUUAACAAGAAGCAAGAAUUGCAGUGAUUAAUUUAAACUAUAUAUCAUAAAAUUACUAUUGCUGUCCGUUUCCUGGAUGAUAUCCGUUUUGCUUAGACCAAAUUCCACCCGGUUUCAUAUGACUGAAAGUAAAUUGCUAUUUCCGGUACCGUGAAGUGCAAAUCAAAUCAACUGGGAGUGGGGAGUACGAGAAGAAUUUAAUUUUCGUACAAUAUUCGGUUUUAUUAUAUUCAUCAAACCUCAUCAAACCUGAACAUUUCCAAGGAUCACCUAAUGAACAAGUUAAUACGACGAUUUACAGCUACAUCCUCCUCACCAGCAACUAAGUUGAAUUUAAAUUUUGUACCCAAACAUGAGCCCCCAAGAUCCCAAGACAUUGCUGAACUCCAACAGUUUUUAAGUGAUCAUUCACGCAUCCUUGUUAUUACGGGGGCUGGAGUUUCCACUGAAUCAGGAAUUCCAGACUACCGGUCCGAAGAUGUUGGCUUGUUCGCUACAUCGAAUCAGAAGCCAAUGAAAAUACAAGAAUUUCUCUCAUCUUCGACUGCCCAAAAAAGAUACUGGGCUCGAAAUUUUUUCGCCUGGCCACGGUUUUCAUCAUUUACUCCCAACAUUGCUCAUCAAACGGUUCGAGAUUGGGAACUGGGAGGAAAGGUUAGUUGUCUAGUGACUCAAAAUGUGGACGGACUUCAUAAAAAGGCAGGAAGCUCGGACUGCAUCGAAUUACACGGGACAAAUCAUGUCGUCAAGUGCAUCGAUGUCAAAAAUUGUGGGUACACGGUGGAGAGACGAGUAUUUCAAGAUACGCUGAUAGACUGUAACGCCAACCUCAAUUUGGCCUUAAGGGGCGGUGGUGAUAAUCCGCAACAAAUCCGACCGGAUGGAGACAUCACGAUCGAUCCAGAUAUCCAAAAAUGGUUUAAUAUACCGCCGUGCCCAUCUUGUGGUGGAGUUCUCAAGCCCGACAUUGUUUUUUUCGGUGAUAACGUGCCCAAAGCUAAAGUUGAACUAAUUUAUGAUCAUCUUAACUCAUCUGAUGCUCUCCUCGUGUUGGGCUCCUCUCUGCAAACAUUUUCUGCCUUUAGGUACAUCAUAACUGCUCGGGAGUUGGGGAUGCGGGUUGCCAUCGUUACUCUAGGACCCACUCGAGGCGACAGUCUCGCAAAUCUCAAGCUAAUUUGUAGAGUGGGCGAAAUUCUUCCUUUGGUGAAAGCGAAAUUAUGAAAGUUGGAUUUCUUAGGAGUGGAAGAAUAUGCUUUAACUUUUAGACAAAGAUAUGUGUAGAAUCACUGAGAAUCUUGUACCUGAGUGAGAUAUAGUCUGCAAAUGUUAUAUAUUUAUAUUAAGCCUUACCACACUAUAAAAAAUAUCAAUGAAAUUAAACCAGAUAUA